UAUAAAAUAAAAUGCCACUUAUAAAUUUCCGUCGUUUGAUUUUGAUAUUUAAAGUGCACGACGGUGUGUCCUGUUCCGUUCCUAAAAGACUAUCCCUUUUACAAACUGAAGUGAAUCGGAGGAUCUGUUCUGUUCCAUAAGAUGGCUGGACUUUUGGGAUAUAGGAGCCUUCCACCUAAGGCAAAGAAUUUGGUAGUUGCUGGGGGUUUGACAGCUUUUGUCUUUGGUGCCUACUUCUACACCAUGAGGGCUGUUGGAGGCACUGAUGAACUGCAGGUAGCAAUUGAUAAGUUUGAAGCUGACAAGAACAAGAAUGCGGGCGAUGCCAACAUGCCAUCAAAGGUCUAAAGCUUGUACAAUAAAGCAAUACUUUGGGUGUAUUCACUGUUUUGGUUUGGGAUCAGCUAUUUACUUAGUAUGAGUGUUAAAAAAAGAAUGAUAUUGAAUCUAGUUGCUAAUAAGUUUCAACCAGCUUAAUGUACAAUGACUGUGUGGUAGGGAAACUAUAAUUGAGAUUCUGUUGAUAAAAAAAAAAAUAAUUGAGAUUCUGUUGUGGUCUUA